AUGGCAUCAAAACGACCUGAACAUCAAGGUCCACCAGAUAUUUUUUAUAACGAAGAAGAAGCUCGAAAAUAUUCACAAAAUACACAUAUUAUUGAUGUACAAACGAAAUUAUCUGAACGUGCUAUUGAAUUACUUAAUUUACCUGAUGAAGAAUCAUGUUUAGUUCUUGAUGUUGGAUGUGGUUCUGGUUUGAGUGGAGAAGUUCUAACAGAUCUCGGGCAUCAAUGGGUUGGACUUGAUAUAUCAAGUUCAAUGUUAGAUGUUGCACAAGAACGAGAAGUUGAAGGUGAUCUUGUAUUAGGUGAUAUUGGUUAUGGAAUGCCAUUUCGUGCUGGAGCAUUUGAUGGUGCCAUUAGUAUAUCAGCAUUACAAUGGUUAUGUCAAGCUGAUAAAAAUUAUCAUAAUCCAAUAAAACGACUUUAUAAAUUCUUUUCAACACUUUAUAGUUGUUUGGCUCGCGGAGCACGUGCUGUACUUCAAUUUUAUCCAGAAACACCAAAUCAAGUCGAUAUGAUUACACAACAGGCUAUGAAAGCUGGUUUUACCGGUGGUCUUGUUGUAGACUAUCCAAAUAGUACUCGAGCAAAGAAAAUGUUCUUAUGUUUGUUUGCUGGUGGUCAAGUUCAAGAAUUACCGACAGGUUUAACUGGUGAAGAAGGUAAUGAAGGAGUUCGAACUCAAGCAAGAUAUGAUACAGAACGACAACGUUAUAGACAUCUUCGUGGUAAAUCAUUAAAAAAGAGUCGGACAUGGAUUUUAGAAAAAAAAGAUCGUUGGAGAAACAAAGGAAGAGAUGUUCGUCCCGAUUCAAAAUACACGGCUCGAAGACGGCCAAAACCUUUUUGA